AUACAAGCGGGAUAUGUUCACGAAAGCGUUUCGAGUGAAGUCCAAUACUGUUAUCAAGGGAUCUGACAGGAGGAAGCUAAAAGCAGAUGUCUCUGCUGCCUUCCCGUCCCUGUCCACAGACACCCUUAACGAGCUCAUACCGAACAAAGAUGAACUAAACGUGGUAAAAGUCUACGCUCACAAAGGGGACGCCGUCACUGUGUAUGUGCUCCAUAAGAAUCCGGUGUUCUUUCAGCUGGAGAAACAGCUCUACCCUACAGUGUACACGCUGUGGCGAUUUCCCGAUCUGUUACCAGCAUUUACCACAUGGCCUCCGGUAGUUGAGAAAUUAAUUGGCGGUGCAGAUCUGAUGCUGCCUGGAGUAGUGGUGUCCUCUACUGGACUUCCAGAUGUAACUCAAGGGGACUGCUGUGCUGUUAACCUAGUGUCCAGCCGGGCUCCAGUUGCUGUGGGUACAGCUGCCAUGUCAAGCAGUGAGAUGAGGAGUGGUGGGAUGAAGGGCAAAGGAGUCAAUGUACUGCACACGUACAUGGACCAGCUGUGGGCUUUCGGAGAUAAGAGCGCUCCUCCUGUCAUACCCGUCACUGAUACUGCACUGCAGGCAGAAACAGACGCAGAGCCGGAGGGAGAAGAAUGUAGUGAAGAAGGAGGACAAAACGAAGAGCUAAAAGAUGAUGAUGAGGAGAGGAAAGAGCAGAAUUCUGAAACGUCUGCUGUAAAAUCAUCUUGUCAGAGUUUACAAGAUUUAAGUCUUGAAGAUGAGGAGGAGGGAGAGCAAGACACCAGAUCACCACAAGAGCAGAUGGAUUCCCUGAUGUUUCAGUGCUUCCUCCAUGCUCUGAAAUGUAAAGUCAAGAAGUCUGAGCUUCCCCUGCCGACUGGCACCUUUUUGCGCAAGCACAUGAUCUCCUGCUGUCCUAAUGGAAAACAUCUUGAUGUUAAAAAAUCCAGCUAUAAAAAGCUUUCGAAAUUCCUGCAGUGCAUGCAGAAGGAACACAGUCUGGUUCGGGUAAAGGAGCUGAGUAAAGGCGUGGACAGCAUUGUAGAGGUGGACUGGAAAAACUCGGAGUUGCGUUCCUUCCGUGUCCCAGACGACUGGGAGUCCCCAGAGGAGAGUGUAAAAGAGAGCGAGGGCUCUGAGCUAUCCUAUCAGCCCCCUGAAAUCACCCCUCUUUAUGGGGUAACUGCACGCCUUGAGCCACUUUUCCAGGAUGCACAGAAAAAAAAAGGUGCAGUACUACAGGCUAGCGAGGUGAGGACCAUCAUCACAGACUAUGUGAAAAUAAACGAGCUCGUCCAUGAAACCAACAAAAGUUAUGUAAUCAUUAACCCAGUACUAUGUGACUGCUUACUGGAGAAAUCUGAAUACCAGGAGGUGGAAGUGUUGAAAUGGGACGAUCUCUUCAGCAGGACUUUGAGCAAGAUGCAGGCGUGCCAUCAGCUCCAAUUCCCAGGUCAGCCUCUGGUGGUCCGAAAAGGCCAGGUGGAGCCCAUCGACAUCACUGUAGUAUCCAGAGGCUCCAACAAAAAGGUGACACUAGUAAAAAACCUGGAGAUUUUUGGUAUAGAGCCAGCAUUAGUGGCAGACGCCCUGCAGCACCUCGUCCAGGCUAGCGCCAUCCUCCAUGAUGUCCCUGGAGCGAAAGAUCGGCAGCAGGUGCAGAUCCAGGGCAACCAGGUGCAUCACGUCGGCAAACUGCUACUAGAACAAUAUCAAAUACCACGUAAAUACAUACAGGGCCUGGAUAAAGCUCCAAAAGCCGGAAAGAAGAAAUAACACACCAGUGACUGUACAGUACUCUAUCAUAGACAUGAACUGCUGGAUUAAAGCUUAAUCUGAAUUCAAUGUUUUCACACAUUCAGCAAUAAAAAUAUUGAACUCUUA